AUGCGCGGCAUGUGGGCUUCCCUCCUGGCGACAGUCUUGCUGGCUGUCGGACAUGUCGCAGCGUAUGCGUUCCCUGACUGCUCCUCGGCGCCGCUCAGCGGGAACGCUGUCUGCGACAUUACCCUGGACCCCAUCACCCGCGCCCGCGCCAUCAUCGACCAGUUUACCGUGCCGGAACUGAUCAACAAUACCGUCAACACGUCUCCCGGUGUGCCUCGCUUGGGACUUCCCGCCUACCAGUGGUGGUCUGAAGCAUUGCACGGCGUAGCCAUUAGUCCUGGUGUCAACUUCUCCACCUCGGGAGAGUUCAGCUAUGCGACUUCAUUCCCUCAACCGAUCGUUAUGAGUGCCGCUUUCGACGAUCCUUUGAUCCUGGCUGUUGCCACGGUUGUCAGCACGGAAGCUCGUGCUUUCAACAAUGUCGGGAGGGCCGGUUUGGACUACUGGACGCCGAACAUCAACCCGUUCAAGGACCCGCGCUGGGGUCGUGGCCAAGAGACUCCCGGCGAGGACCCGUACCACGUUGCGCAAUACGUCUACAACCUCAUCCAGGGUCUUCAGGGCGGUCUUGAUCCCGAGCCGUACUUCAGGAUCGCCGCCACCUGCAAGCACUUUGCGGGUUACGACCUGGAAGACUGGAAUGGCUACGUCCGCUAUGGUUUCAACGCUGUCAUCACGGAGCAAGACAUGAGCGAGUACUACUUCCCGUCGUUCCAGAGCUGCGUGAGAGACGCCAAAGUCGCUUCGGUCAUGUGCAGCUACAACGCCGUAAACGGUAUACCCUCCUGCGCCAAUACCUACUUGCUGCAAAACGUGCUUCGAGAAUUCUGGGGUCUUACUGAAGACCGCUGGGUUACCUCCGAUUGUGAUGCCGUCGACAAUAUCUACAGCCCGCACAAUUACACGGCUACCCUCGCAGAAGCCGUCGCUGAUGCCAUGAACGCCGGAACGGAUAUCGACUGCGGCUCGGUAUAUGCCGAGGCUCUUCCCGAUGCUUAUGCUCAAGGUCUAGUCUCCGAGACUCAGCUGUACAAUGCCCUUGUUCGCCAGUAUGCCUCUCUCGUUCGCUUGGGAUACUUCGACCCAGCCGCCAUUCAGCCAUACCGCCAAUACGGCUGGAGCCAAGUUAACACUCCGGAAGCGCAGACGCUGGCGUACACCGCUGCCGUUGAGGGGAUCACGCUGCUCAAGAACGACGGCACCCUUCCUCUGAACUCGUCGGUCAAGAACAUUGCUCUCAUCGGGCCAUGGGCAAACGCCACAACCGCCAUGCAGGGCAACUACCAGGGUGUUGCUCCGUAUCUCAUUAGCCCGUUGAUGGCGGCACAGACCGCGGGGUACAACGUCACCUACGUUUUCGGCACGAACAUCACGUCCAACGACACCAGUGGUUUCGCUGCUGCAGUCGCCGCAGCCGAAGCAGCUGACGCCGUUAUCUACGCUGGAGGCAUAGACGAGACAGUCGAAAGGGAAGAGGUUGACCGAUACAAUAUCACUUGGCCGGGUAACCAGCUGGAUCUCAUUGCGGAGCUCCAGCAGGUCGGCAAGCCGUUUGUCGUGGUGCAGUUCGGAGGUGGCCAAGUGGACGACACGGUCCUGAAGAACAAUGCUACCGUCAAUGCCCUCGUGUGGGCCGGCUACCCCGGCCAGAGCGGCGGCACCGCGCUCUUCGACAUUCUCUCCGGCAAAGUCGCGCCCGCAGGCCGUCUCACCACCACGCAGUACCCCGCCGACUACGUCAACCAGGUCGCGAUGACGGACAUGACCCUCCGCCCGAGCGCGACGAACCCCGGGCGCACCUACAAGUGGUACACCGGCGCGCCCGUCUACGAGUUCGGCACAGGGCUGCACUACACCACCUUCGAGCUGAGCUGGCUCGUCGCGCCCUCGGGGACGUACAGCAUCCAGACGCUCGUGCAGGAGGCGAGCCGGCUGUCGCCCUACCUCGACAGCGCGCCCUUCGGGACGUUCAACGUGCUCGUCCGGAACGCCGGGACGGUGACGUCCGACUAUGUCACGCUGCUCUUCUUGAACGGCACGUACGGACCUGCGCCGUACCCCAACAAACAGCUCGUUUCCUACACCCGGCUGCACGCUAUCCCCGCGUCUUACGGUCUCUCGGUCGCGUCUCUGCCAGUUACCCUUGGCUCCCUCGCGAGGGCUGACAACUACGGCAACCUGUGGGUGUAUCCCGGGAACUAUACCUUCACGGUCGACACGCCGGGACUCAUCACUUCCUCCUUCGAGCUCACCGGUACCGCGACCCAGAUCACGAACUUCCCUCAGGAGAGCGGCGCCCCGACGCGUUAAAGACACCAAAUAGAUAGAUGCUCUGUUGUGCAGGUUGGGACAGUCUUAGGACCGAAUGUAUACCAACAGACCAUUGCUGGACUCAUGAAUUCUGCCGUCUCCGG